GCCGCCGAGGAGCUCAUCCGGGAGCAGCUCGAGGAGUUCGAGGCGAACCUCCGUGCGGGCCUGGCCGCACGGCGGCAGGCCGGGCUGUCCGUGCCCCGCGUCCCGCCCGCGGGCGCGCUGGAUCUGUUCGAGCGGGUGGACGCGAACAGGGACGGGGUCGUGUCGCGCGGCGAGUUCUCGGCGGCCGUGCGGCAGGGCGUCCUCCUCCCACAGGACGGCGGCGCCGUGCCCUCCGGCGCCGGCGCCGCCGAGGCUGGGCGCGGCAGCCCGGAGCAGACCGCCGUCGAG